AUGCCGCUGCAGGGGAAGGGCCUGGCGGGGAAUCCCCAGCGCGCCUCCAUCUGCAAGAUGGCACCCCCAGUGACCACGCACUCCAUCGAGGCCGGGUCCGGGGCAGCAGGGGCAGGGGUCACCGGGCGGGUGCCUGUCGGGGGUGGCGUGCGCAGGGCGGAGGUUCGAGGGAGCGCGGGGCAGAAGGUCACCUCGCCCGUACCUUCCAAGUUCGCCUCUGGCAGCGAGUCGUCCUCCACCCCGGGAAAUGGGGCCACGCCCGAGGAGUGCCCGGCGCUCGCCGACAGCCCGACCACGCUCACCGAGGCCCUGCAGAUGAUCCACCCCUUUCCCGCGGACUCCUGGAGAAACCUCAUCGAACAAAUAGGACUCCUGUAUCAGGAAUACCGAGACAAGUCAACACUCCAGGAAAUUGAGACCAGGAGACAGCAGGAUGCGGAGAUUCAAACCAAUGCCCACGUCUCCCCGGCCAGCGAGGAGACUGCAGGGGAGGAGGAGGACGAGGAGGAGGAGGAGGACGAGCCGGCCAGCCCACCAGAGAGGAAGGCUCUGCCCCAGAUCUGCCUGCUCAGUAACCCCCACUCCAGAUUUAACCUCUGGCAGGAUCUUCCUGAGAUUCAGAGCAGCGGGGUGCUAGAAAUCCUCCAGCCCGAAGAGAUCAAACUGCAGGAGGCCAUGUUCGAGCUGGUCGCGUCCGAGGCCUCCUACUACAAAAGCCUGAACCUGCUCGUGUCUCACUUCGUGGAGAAUGAGCGUCUGAAGAAGACCCUGCACCCCUCCGAGGCACACAUCCUCUUCUCCAAUGUCCUGGACGUCAUGGCCGUCAGCGAGCGGUUCCUCCUGGAGCUGGAGCGCCGGAUGGAGGAGAGCAUCGUCAUCUCGGAUGUGUGUGACAUCGUGUACCAUUACGCCGCCAACCACUUCUCGGUCUACAUCACCUACGUCAGCAACCAGACCUACCAGGAGAGGGCCUACAAACAGCUGCUCCAGGAGAAGGCGGCCUUCCGGGAGCUGAUCGCGCAGCUGGAGCUGGACCCCAAGUGCAGGGGGCUACCCCUGUCCUCCUUCCUCAUCCUGCCCUUCCAGAGGAUCACGCGCCUCAAGCUGUUGGUCCAGAACAUCCUGAAGAGAGUGGAGGAGCGAUCCGAGCGCGAGUGCAACGCCUUGGACGCCCACAAAGAGCUGGAGAUGGUGGUAAAAGCAUGCAACGAGGGUGUCAGGAAAAUGAGCCGCACGGAGCAGAUGAUCAGCAUUCAGAAGAAGAUGGAGUUUAAGAUCAAGUCGGUGCCCAUCAUCUCCCACUCCCGCUGGCUGCUGAAGCAGGGCGAGCUGCAGCAGAUGUCAGGCCCCAAGACGUCCCGAACGCUGCGGACCAAGAAACUCUUUCGAGAAAUUUACCUCUUCCUCUUCAACGACCUGCUGGUGAUCUGCCGACAGAUUCCUGGAGACAAGUACCAAGUGUUCGACUCCGCCCCGAGAGGCCUCCUCCGCGUGGAGGAGCUGGAGGACCAGGGCCAGACGCUGGCCAACGUGUUCAUCCUGCGGCUGCUGGAGAACGCGGACGACCGGGAGGCCACCUACAUGCUGAAGGCGUCCUCACAGAGUGAGAUGAAGCGUUGGAUGACCUCACUGGCCCCCAAUCGAAGAACCAAGUUUGUUUCCUUCACUUCUCGGCUGCUGGACUGCCCCCAGGUCCAGUGUGUGCACCCGUACGUGGCCCAGCAGCCAGAUGAGCUGACCCUGGAGUUGGCCGACAUCCUGAACAUCCUGGAGAAGACUGAAGACGGCUGGAUCUUCGGCGAGCGGCUGCAUGACCAGGAGAGAGGCUGGUUCCCCAGCUCCACAACCGAGGAGAUCCUGAAUCCCAAGAUCCGGGCCCAGAACCUCAAAGAAUGUUUCCGCGUCCACAAGCUGGACGACCCUCAGCGCAGCCAGAACAAGGACCGCAGGAAGCUGGGCAGCCGAAAUCGGCAGUGACACCGGCCCGGUCGCCAGCCUGGGGGAAGGACGCGGGGCAGGCCAGCGCGGCGCCAGGGGGCAGGCCGCCCCCGGGGGACGGCACACACCUCGCGCGGGAGCCCCCCACCCCUCUCCCUGCCGCGUGCUGAGCCCCCUCGCUUGCAAACUGGAGAAGGGGUACCCCCGUCUUUCCUCUGCUGCGGUUGUGAACGAGAAAGUGUAUUUUCAACAGUAUUAUGCCACCUGUCCCUCUUGUCUCUCAGAGGGGCUGGAGGUGGAUCGGCAGGAUCCUUCCGUCCCUGGAAGACGCCGAGGGCAGGGGGGGAAGGACUGCCGUGACCCCCUGCACGUCCUUCUCUACCCUGGAAGCCAUUUGAGUCCUUGCGUGCAGACGGGCCGCCCUUGCCUGAGCUUGAUGAGCAGCCCUUGGUCUCCAACUCACAGGACCGAGAGACCACAUGCCUCUGUCCUCCCCUCCCCGAGCCUCCGCCAGCCUCUGGCUGCACGGCCAGGACCCUGCUUCACAGCAGGCCUACCAGAGCUUGGCCGAGGGCCCAUGCCACCUCUGGCUCCCUGACAAGCUGGAUGUAACUUGUGUCUUCUGGCCCCUUCAGGAGCCCAGGUGUUGUAAGGAAUGAAUUGGUCACUGCAUCCUGUAUUGGUUUUGGUUCCAAGAAAAGCAAAUAUCAUUUUUGGCUGCAUUAAAAGAAGCAUCAUGUAUAAAACAAAGGA